UUUUUCAGGAUUUCACGCUUCCCAAUAGAACUGAUGGAAAAGUCGUGGUCUUAAAAAUCUGAUCCUAAUGAAUUUUGAAUUGAUUGAUUACGACCUACCCUUGUGAGGCCUCAACAGUCUAGCGAGUCAGAGUUGAUUUGAAUUGAGGGGGGAUAACUCCACUUCUGCCGGGACCCGCAUCCACCCCUAACCACAACCACCACAACAUGAACAAUGCGUCUCCACCCGUGGCAACACCGCAUCCUGAUAUACGCAUCCAUUAAUUCAACAAGGACCUGAAGGGAAACUCCAAAUCAAUGGCUGCCGACAUCAAGCCGCUCAAUCUCUCCGACUUCUUCAACAUCACAGAACCAGUAUUCUCAGGAGACCUUAACCAGAGGAAAUGGCUGGACGCCUUGCUCCACUACCUAAAGUCCACCGUGAUGGUAUCCAUCAUCGUUGUUUCCAUUUUCGGAAACCUCCUCAUCAUCGUCGCAGUGAUGCGCCAUAGAAAACUCAGAGUGAUAACCAAUUAUUAUGUGAUAAGUUUGGCGUUGGCCGACAUGUUCAUAGCCAUGUUCGUGAUGACGUUCAACUUCAGCGUGCAGUUCUUCGAAGAGUGGAAGUUCGGGUACUUCAUGUGCGAUUUUUGGAACUCAAUAGACGUUUACCUAUCCACCGUGUCCAUCCUCCACCUUUGUUGCAUAAGCGUUGAUCGAUAUUACGCUAUUGUGAAACCUUUGAAGUACAACAUACACAUGACGAAGAAAGUUGUGGCGAUGAUGAUUGCUGGUACUUGGUUUUGUCCCACGCUGCUCAUGGUGCCGAUCUACCAAGGCUGGUAUACGACUGAAGACAACCAAAUAUUCCGAGAGGAGAACCCUGACACCUGCGAGUUUAUAGUGAAUAAGCCUUACAGUGUUAUUAGCAGUAGUAUAUCCUUCUGGAUACCGUGUGCAAUAAUGAUCUACAUGUACUCAGCAAUAUUCAAAGAAGCCAAUAGGCAGGAGAAGGAGAUGUAUAAUAGGCAUGGGACAGCUUUGCUGCUCCACCAAAACAACUCCAAUGGUGACAUGUUGUCGAAUUCCUCCAAAAACCUCACCCAUCACGAGAUAAACCAAGAAACCCCUACGAAAGAUAGGAACAUAAGCAAGAUGAAAAGGGAACACAAAGCUGCUCGUACUCUUGGCAUCAUAAUGGGUACUUUCAUCAUUUGUUGGCUUCCGUUUUUCGUCUGGUACGUCAGCGUUUCUCUUUGUACAACCUGUGAAUGUCCCCAUUUCGUAGUUACCUUAGUGUUUUGGUUCGGUUACUUCAACUCCACCCUCAAUCCCUUGAUAUACGCCUACUUCAAUAGGGACUUCAGGGAAGCGUUCAAGAACACCUUGCAAUGCGCGUUCUGUAGCCUUUGUCGUAGGCCACCUUCAGACCUGGAUCGGUUCGACAUCAGACGAAGAUCGUACGAUGAUCGUACUCGCAGCAUUUACUCAGAGACCUACCUGAAGCAUGUAGAUAGAAGAAGGAGUUCAGAGUUUGGUUCGAGUCUCUGAGUAGACUUAACUAGCAGCAAGUUCACUACAACAAGUUUCUAAUGCUGUUGUAUGCUGCUAGUUUUAACUACCUCCAUCAUACCCAACGACUGAAUCUUUUCACUGCUGAAGAAGUAAAGUUAUUAUUGGUGUUGGAAAAACCAUAAAACCUUCUAGUCAAAUCAUGUUUUACAUUUCAAAUUGGUUAAAUUGGCAACAUUUAUUUUUUGAAGUUUCUUAUGUCAUUAGUGCUUAGUAGGUUAUGCCAUUUGAACGUGGAAAGAUACACGUUUCAACAUCGUUUAGACUCACUAUAUUCAUCGUAUUGUAGAUUAAUUCAAAAGUGAAUUUUCUUUACACGAUACAAGAGUACUGAGAGUACUGAAAUUUGUCUACAAUAUGAUGAAUACUGAGUCGAUUAACUGAAUUUCGUCCAGGAAUUCUUUUUGAAUUUCAAUAUUCACCCUGUUUUUUAUGAAUCAAUUAACAAUUUCUAAACGUUCGUGCAGCGUGUAUCUAUUCAUGAUUAAAUUGAACACCAUUGACAUAAGAAAUGUCAAGGCAACCAUUUCGAAUUGUAUCAUUUUUAUCUUAAAAUCCCUAUCUAAGCAUUCUUAUCUAAUCCUCUGAUUCUUCUACAUCUUAUUUAUCCUUCAAGCAAACCCCAUGAUAUUUCAUUCAAAUAAUCUUAUUUCUUUUUGAAAGAUUCACUUUUGGCACUACCUUUAUAGAUUUCUUGUCCCAAUAUAAGCGCUCGUUUUAUUUCUGUAAUUUUUUCAGCUCCUCGGUUCCUCAAUGUUUCAAUUUUAACACUCAAAAUGAUAUUUUCUUAUUAAACCGAAUGAAGUCCUUCAUGAGAAUAACCACAUAAAAGUAAGAUAGGUUGAAUGCCAAAAGCCU